AAGACUUAUCGUUGAAGUGGAAAACAGCUUUCGGAAAAAAAUAUUAAGUACAAAUUGGAAGUGAAACAAAAUUAAAGUAAUGGCGGAUGAAAUGGAGGUAGAAGAAAGCGAAGAUUUCCAUGACAUCGAGGAGUUCAAUACAAACGACGAAGACGCAUCUAGCAGCCAAGCCAAGGAGGAGCGAUUUGUGGUGAAAAAGUGGGUUGCACAUGCCCUGUGGUCAUGGGAUGUGGCUGUCGACAACUGCGCCAUCUGUCGCAAUCACAUCAUGAAUCUGUGCAUCGAGUGCCAGGCGGAUCCUAACGCCAACAAGGACGAAUGCACAGUGGCCUGGGGAGAGUGUAAUCACGCCUUUCACUAUCACUGCAUUGCCCGUUGGCUGAAGACGCGUCUUGUGUGUCCACUGGAUAACAAAGAGUGGGUCUACCAGAAAUACGGUCACUAGAGCCCACCGAUGUCGAAGAAUUCAUUCCCUCCUUGCAACAAUUGUGACAAUAUUUGAACAUACUAAAGUAAAUUAUAUUUGCAUUUGGGAGAAGAUAACAUUAAAUGGUUUUAAUAUGGAGA